AUGAGCGACCGGCCGACGUCUCCCUCCAAGGGACCAGAGGGCGAUGCUGACCGUCAAAAGUCACCCUCGAUAGAACAGUCGAGCGGUGGUGCUGGUGAUGGCGGCGGUGCUGGCUCGGAACAGUCCAGCAGUCAGGCAUCUCCGGUGAUGGACGUCUUCAGCGACGAAUUCUCGGUCGAGCGGAUAGACAAUUCAUCACAAAACAGCCAAAGACAGUCCGUCAACAGCCUCUCGAGUCAUUCGUCAUCGAGCUCGGACAAGACAGAGACUAGAGAUGGACAGGAUCAGAUUUCGAUUCCUCCGCUGCCUACCAGCUCCUUCCAGGGCAUCCCAGAGUCGCUGGAGAGACGCGCCUCCCAGCUGCUUCAGCAACAGCAACAACAAUACCAACAACAUCAUCAUCAUCAAACAGUGACGUCUCAGGUUCCGGACAAGAAGCAUUUCCCUCCAGAUGCCGGGCCGGUACCUCGGACAUCAUCGCCUGCCGUUUCUAUCGCUCAGAGUACCGCAUCCGCCAGCCAUCGAAGCGUCAGCACUGUCUCCAGGCUCUCCAUCCCUCCCCGCGCAUUGAGCCCCUACACCGGUCAGACAGGACCUAGCCAUCCCUAUGCCAUGUAUUCUCAAGGAAUAUCCGUCAACAGGACAUCAUCUAUCUCCUCAAAUUCGACAGUACGGCCGCCCGAGCGAAACUUCGUCGCUGCUGCCCCGCCACAGCAUCCCUACGCCCUAUACUCCCAAAACACGGUUCCUGAACACGUUCCGGAUGAACCUCUCAACACUACUGUCCCUCUCCCCUUACCAGGUCACCCUCAAAUAUACAGUCAACCCGCUCCUGCCCCUGUUGCAGAUGAGGUCGGAGAUAUCUUAGGCACAGAUGGAUAUAGAGAACAGCUCCCUCCUUACACUCGUUACCCCGAAGGUAUUCCGGAGAAGUCUUACUAUGCCCCUGCUGCACCAACUGGUGUUCCUGGUACUACCAACACCCCCUCACAGCCUCUAGAAACACCCGUCUCACCAGUAUCACAAGUGUCGUCCCGCACCUUGCUUAGUGAAAACGUUCCAGGUGCUGUUGCCCCUGCGCCAGAUUCAUCGGCUGCCGAAUCAGGCAACACGUCACAGGAAAUUGUCAACGAAAAGGAAAAGAGAAGGAAUCAGAAAAUUUGCUGUGGGCUACCACUGUGGAUCAUUGGUCUCAUCGCUAUAGGUCUGAUCACAGGAACUCUAAUAGGAGGUGUCCUCGGUGGGAUUGUAGGAGCCCGUCAAGGCCAGAAAGACAGCGGCAAAACACCAGAUCCGGAUCAUCAACCAACACAUGGCACCUUGGAUGCGCUACCUCUCCCAACCACAUCUGGCGCCCCUGUUUUCUCCCCGAUCCCUACUGGGCCCAUCUCAAUCUCCGGAAGGACGUUCAAUUCCCUAUCUCAAAGCUGUGUUAACACCACAAGCCUCCGGUUGUCUUGGGAUUGUGUGGACUAUGGUCACUUCAAAGGGUCCAUAUCCGUCGGGCCCAAGGAUACUAGAACAAUAAAAUUCUCCCAAAAUCCUCUCACAGGGAAAUUUAUAUACGGCGAUCAAAUACCGUUUCUCGCAAACAAGGACUAUCAGCUACAGCCCGCAUAUGACGCGUCUGCCCCCGAUGACGGGCCUGCAUACUUCUUCUAUACUACCUUCGACAAGCUCGUCAUUAUUCCCGAUGACGAAUUCCCAUAUGGUGUCCUUGGGAGAUCAGUGAAGGAUUCCGCCCAAUUGAAACGUUCUAACAACAGGUCAGGAAAAGUUCAGUCUCAGCCGGGUGACAAGCCCUGGUUUUGCUGGUGGAACACAACCUACAUCGAACUCUUCGUAUAUGCCAAUAAGAACGCGACAGAAGAUGACAUGAAGACCAGUAGCGAUGGCUCUGACGAUGGCAUGCCUUCAACCCCGCCAACACCUUACCCUCGUGAAUCUACUCCUAUCACGGCAUCAUCAUCCCCUACCCCGACACCUAUUACUAUGUCCGGCGAAGGCGGCAGUAACCUACCACAAGCAUAUCCCCAGGCCAUCAAAAUCAAAGAACUCCGAUUCUCCGAUGCGAGUCAGUCUCCGCCAUACUGCCAACAGAUGCAAGUCUUGGAUGACUGGAGCCUAUCAACGCUACAGAACCAAGCGACCAUCGAAGAAAAAGACUCAAGGUCCGGUCCAGACAGCGAGAAUAUCGACAUUAGCCAAAAAUUGGCCCGCCGGUCACAGCUAAUUGGGUCCAGAGACGUUGUCCCCGACCAGUGCUAUUGUGAAUGGUUAUACGGUAACUGA